AUGCAUUUAUGGAAAUAUCUGUCUUCCGUCUCCCCCUGUGACAUCGUCACCCCAGCUACCAUAUGUACAAUGCUACGGUUUCCGCUCACCACCUCGUACAUUUCGAUAGUUAUCCUGCAGUUUAUGAUGGUUGUGGAACGGUUGGCAGCAAUGUUCAGAAAAGCUGAUUACGAGAAAAGCAGUUGGCUGCUUGGAGCCACUCUUCUGGUUUCUGGUGUGGUUUUCUCAGCGAUGGUAACGCUGUGGUCGAUUCAACCAGAGGACUAUUCGAACUCUUACGCGUAUUGCUCCUCAGGAUCAAGCCAGACGAUUAAUCGUAUUACUAGCGUUCACGUCACCUUAUGUUUCUUAUGCGCCUUAUCGCUAAUAGGAACGCUACUGCUGAAAGUCUAUAUUAAGCACGCAAUGGAAAGGUAA